AUGUUGACCUUACCUCAUUUAUUUCUUCUACUGCACUUUUCUCUAUUUAAUUGUGCGUUCAGUAAUGCAUUCGUAUUGAGAACGGAUGUAAAGGUAGAAGAAAGCCUUAUUUAUGUACAAACUAUCUGGCGACACGGUGAUCGCGCACCACACCAGUUACCUUACCCAAGUGAUCUGAAUAAUGAAAGCUCUUGGCCAAGAGGAUGGUCUCAGCUUACAAAC